GACGAACGAUGCUUGAACACUUGAGCCAUGGAUUGUUGAAGAGCCAUAUCACUAGCAAGCACGGAUUGAAGCCAACUUGAAUAAUGGAGAGCGAAGGAAUAGCUACAAAACAGAGCGAUCGCCAUGGGGCGCCACACCUUGUGAUGAUGGGCAAUAUGCCAUCCAAUGCUUGUGUUACUCGUACCUAUACUGGUUGAACAACUACAGCAUAACUGCUUGGCGAAGUCUAACUGCUACGAAUCAGAAUCAGCAACGAAGCGCUGUCAAAGACGAAGCAAAAGUCGCCUCAUAGACAAGGACGGCACAGAUGUUACGAUAUUGAUAGACCCUUUUCACGCCACGGACCAUUUAAAUCAGAGGCCAUUCAGUUUAGCAGCCGCCGUGGCAAACAUCUUCACAACAUACUGCCAAUGGAAGGGGGAAAAGACAACAGAGAGCCGGAUAGCACUCUCGAGGACAGCGCCCUCGCCACCCGAUGUCCUAUACGGUAUAUCGAAUAAACCCCCGUUCCCUAGCAGUACUAUUUCCUUUUAUCCAACAUACCCUUUCCUCCGAUAACCACGACCUUCUUAUUUUAUAAAUACAACGCCCGCACCAUUAGCGGCGUCAUACCCAUCGUAUGACGAUGGCUCCGGAGGAUGGAUGACCAAAGACCAUGCAGC